AUGGACACAGAAUUUCCCUACCGCAGUCCAGCUGCACUAGGUAUCAUUCGGGAGCUAUCGGAAGAGGAAAAAAGCAUUAACAUUCAAUUCACUGAUGACGAAGAUGAACCAUCUUGUUCAGAAACCGAGUCUGACAAAGAAUUCGUUGUUCCAGAUGACAUUCAAUUAACCAAGCCAGAAGAUGAUUCUGAUUAUGAACCCCCUGAUUGCGAUACCGAGCAAUCCACGCACACUUCGGAUGAAAGCGAGGUCAGUGAUGCAGUAAAACCUGGAAAUAUAUCACUAAUAUCAACCAAGGAUGAUACUCUCAAUCCUGAGAUAUUAGAUGAAAGAAAGAUUCACCGACAACGACGUUCAAUCACUCAAUAUCAGAUUACAUUAUGGGUUGAUAGAGAACACAUCGGCUUUUUGUUCGACUGGAUGCGAGCCUUUCAGGAAGCGGAUAACGAGAGCAUACAUUUGGCAGAUUAG